GACAAGGAUGGGGAGUGAGACUAUAUAAAAUCAUCAUUGUCCCCUCUCUGUAACACUCACAAGUGCUGCUUUUCAUAUUGGAGUCCUUUGACCACAGCUAUGGCACCUAAGAAGGCAAAGAAAAGGGCAGAAGGGGCCAACUCCAAUGUCUUCUCCAUGUUUGAGCAAGCACAGAUACAGGAGUUCAAAGAGGCCUUCACCAUUAUGGACCAGAACAGAGAUGGAUUCAUCGACAAGAAUGACCUGAGAGACACAUUUGCAGCGCUCGGUCGGCUGAAUGUGAAACAGGAGGAGAUUGAUGAGAUGUUGAAGGAGGCUCCUGGACCCAUUAACUUCACCGUCUUCCUCACCAUGUUUGGAGAAAAGCUCAAAGGUGCAGAUCCAGAGGAGACCAUUCUGAAUGCCUUUAAAGUCUUCGACCCUGAGGGGAAAGGAUAUUUGAAAAAGGAUUUUGUAACUGAGAUGCUGACAACCCAAGCAGACAGAUUCUCUCAGGAAGAGAUGGAGCAGAUGUUCACUGCUUUCCCACCAGAUGUGGCUGGUAAUCUUGACUACAAGAACCUGGUGUACAUCAUCACACACGGAGAAGAAAAGGACCAGGAGUAAAAACAAGCCUCGCUCCUUCUUUGGCUUCAAAGAGUUUGAUGUAAAAUGCUUUAUUUAGUUUGUCUGCACUGGUUUCAUAAAACUGGAAUGUAAGUAGAAGGUGCAUGGCACAGGCCUACUGUUUACUAUCAAACACACAGAGUGACCUUCUAUGUGAAAUAAAACAUGCACACGUUGUUGGCUUAA